AGAGCGGCACAUGGCUAUAUAGAAUAAAAAACAACUUAAAUGACAGUCAGGCGCUUGGUGUUCUAGUUAUCUCAAGACCAUCGUCUGAAGUCAUGCCAUUUGUACGUGUUACUGCUGGAAAAAUCAACAAUACAACCACUUCUCCGCAUCCAGUUACAUUAUUUGCAGAGGUUAAACAUGGAUUUACGGCUGUGCUCGGAGCUAAUGUGACUGCUGUCAUUGAACCAGAAACUGGAGAUCCUCUCACUUUAAGACUCCUUGAUGAUGGAGCAGGUGCUGAUGUUACCAAAGGUGAUGGUGUCUACUCUGUUUAUUUAUUUCGCUUCACUAGUAAUGGUAGACAUACUCUGAAAAUGUUUGCUGAGUGGACAAACACUACCUUCCUGAAGCCUCCUCAAAGCAAUCCAGCCCUGUAUGUUCCUGGUUACAUUGAAAAUGGCACCAUCAAUAUGAAUCCUCCUCGACCAGUUUAUAAAUGCCAAAGUGCAAAUGAAAUGUUCAGCAGAGUCCUGUUUCUGGGUAGUUUCAAAGUUAUGAAUGUCUCUCACAACUCAAUGGAUAAGGAUGGUUUCCCUCCAUGUAAAAUAAAUGACCUUGAAGCGAAAAUGGAGAAUGAACAUGUAGUACUGUUUUGGACAGCGCCGGGUGAAGACUAUGACCAGGGAGCUGCUUCAGAUUAUGACAUUCGAAUAAGUGUCAAUCCAUUCAUUUUAAGGCAAAAGUUUUCCAGCGCUACAGUCAUCAAUACUUCUUACAUCAAACCGAAGAAUGCAGGCAGCAGGGAGACCUUCAUAUUUAGGUUGGGAAACAUGACUGCAGACCAGGGCAUCAUCACCUAUAUUGCAAUCUGCUCUAUUGAUAAAAAUGGGCAAAGGUCUGAGAUAUCUAAUUUGGUUCAUGUGACCAGUUCCAGGGUUCAGGAGGAAGACACUAGCCAGGCUUACUCCACAACUGUUGUGAAAAGAAGUACCACCACUGUAAUGAUAGCUGCUGCAUUUGCAGCUUGCCUGUGUCUUGCCAUAGGAGCUGGUGUAUAUGGCUGGAGGAAAUGUACAUUUUAUCAAAGAACUAAUCAGACAACUGAUAGUGGGUCAUUGUUAAAGUAUAGA